AUGGAAUCUUCAGCAUCUCUCCUAUCGGAGUCAUUCUCGUUGAGGGAUCCAGUAACUUCGGAGAGUGACUAUAUCAGCCCCCAUGUGACAGGGUUUGCGAUGGACGAAGACGACAGCCGGCGAGUCGGAGGUCUUGCCUCCAUACCUGACACCAACGGCGUGAGGUACCAUGCACAGCAGCCUGCGAUGCAGGAUUUACAAUAUCCCGGUUCCAGCGCUCUUGCAAUGACUCCUCCAGACUCGUGUGCUGAUUCGUUUUCACCCUCUUCUGUUCCUAUCUUCCCUCAUCUCUCCCAGCUUCAGCAUUCCUUUGAUAGAAUGGAUUUCCGACGAGUGCCAGCGCUCCAACCACCGACUGGUAUUCCAUCUGCUACCCAGAGCUCAGGGUAUGCUUUGAACUCUAUACCUCCCCUGAUAGGGCGCAACAAUAGCUACGGGGGCUCAUAUGCUUUACACCGCGGAAGUGUUGGAGCUAUGGGUCUGCCUCUGGCUGGAAUGAAUGAUAUUCCUCCUCGUCACCAGUAUUCAGGGACGCCUCGAGCGUUAGAAAACUUGGAGCGAUCCCCGAACAGCCUAUAUCAACAACCUUUGGUGGAUUCCACGCAGCACUCACAGCCACAGAUUGAGGCACCGCCUUUCGAUGAUACGACUUUCCUUGAAACCAUUGUUGCAGAUUUAGGGGGGCAAUACCAAACGUUGAAGCCAGAAAUUCAAGCAAAAAUGGGCCGUGGCUUCUUCCCAUCCGAUGGCAAAUGGACCUGCUAUCGACGAAACUAUUUCUCAGUGACCUGCGGCUUCGGGCUCCAUCCUUGGCCUCACACUGUUCCUCUUUAUAUCCGCUAUCCGGAUCAGACAGUCGAGCUUAUUCGCGGGUUUGCAAUGGCCAUCUCGGCUAUUGUGAAUGGCCAAUAUGGAGGAGAAACUCGAGAACUUGUCCAACACACCCCGAAGCGAGACAAGCAAUCCGAACGUAAACCAGGCCGUGUCAUUCUUCAGCCAUCUCCUCCAGCAUCUCACUCUACAUCGUCAGCCAGCAAUGGUAGUAUGUCUGGUUUCCCCCUCAGCUCCCAAUCAAUGGACUACAGCUCCUCCUUUACAGGAGCACCCCAGCCAUGUCAGCCCCCAACAUCUCACAUGUUCGAACGAAUCCAAUUCCAAAAAGCGACUGCCAACAACGGCAAGCGCCGUGCCCAGCAGCAAUAUUACAAUCUGGUCGUCGAGCUCUACGCCGAGAUUGCUAGCUCAGUCCCCGGUGAAACACAAUGGGUUCAGAUCGCCCGACGCCAUUCACACCCCAUGGUAGUGCGCGGUCGUUCACCCGGUCAUUACAAAGACGGACGACGUGGCAGUACCGCCAGCAUGGGUCCCGACGGUGCAGGAGCCGAUGGCAACUGUAGUAGCGGAUCCAUCCCACAAAGCCUGAGUCAAACAAGCCGCUCACACAUGUACAUGUAUGACGCGUCCCAUCGAAACGGUAUGCCUUAUGGCAGAUCCGAUUUCCGACAGGUGCCUGGGACAGAUCAUUCGCCUCUCAGUGACAGUCCUCUUAUCUCCUCGUCUUCUUCCUCGGGCUUUGAAUACUCCAUGAUUGAUACCAUGGAUCCCAUGGACACUAUCAAGUCAGAUCCCUACCUCAAGUCAGACCCAUAUCUCAAAUCGGAUCCAUACCUGAAAUCAGACCCCUAUCAGGAUCCAUCUUAUACAGGUUUUCCUAUUCACCAGCACCGUCAGUCGACUACUGGUGGUUAUGAGCCGAUAUAUUCUACGAGUUACAGUCGUUACGAUCCUAUUCAGAACUCGCAUAGUCUAUGCACUUGA